UGUUUCCUUUCAGGCUGAUGUUACUUCCAGUCAGUGGACGGUGAAGAGAGAGCAAUGACUUUUGCCUUUCCUGCCACCUUCUCUCUGGGUGAUUCUUUAGGAAAAGCAGGAGGAUAGGAUUUUCAGAUGAGAAGACGGGCAUCUCAGUCAGCUUCACCACAGACACAACCGUUCAUGGGCUGAAGAACAAGGACAGAAGAGAUCUGGACUGGUGGCUUAUACUAUGUACUGGAUGAAGAGGCGCAGAAUCUCAUGCUGAACCUAAAGAAAACCUCGGCGCUAACUAUGUGUCAUCUGUAAGUCAGCCUCAAGCUGCAGACUGGUAUCCCCAGCCACAGGCACACAGCAUUUCCUCUCGGCGUUCCUGCUGAGCACAAACUGGAUGGAGACAAAAUACAUGUUUUGUUGACUCGAAAACCCUUCGGGAUUCGUCAUACCAUGGAUUACAGAUUUUCACGUUUAAAGAGAUUUGGACUCAAUAAGGAACUUUUUUAAAGUAUAAUCUCAAACUUGAUGGAAGAAAAAUGAUGGAGCAGCCGAUCAAAGAUAUACUUUUGGGGUCUCCAAAGUCUUCAGACCCUAUGAUGAUCGAGAAACGUGCCAAUGACUGUGUGAUUACAACUAUUCCAAGAGUCAAUGAGACCCAACUGACUGCAGCAACAGGCGGAGCAGAGCUGUCUUGCUACCGUUGCACUAUCCCUUUCGGAGUGGUUAUACUAAUAGCAGGCAUUGUGGUCACAGCGGUGGCGUAUAGUUUUAAUUCUCAUGGAUCCAUUAUCUCUGUGUUUGGGCUGGUCCUACUCUCUUCCGGACUUCUUCUGGUGUGCUCCAGUGCGCUGUGCUGGAAAAUUAGGCAACGGAAAAAAAGAGCUAAAAGGAGAGAGAGUCAGACUGCAUUGGUGGCAAACCAAAGGAGUUUAUUUGCCUAAGGGUGAAAGACAUCUCAAAGAUGUGGACUGCAACCAGUCUGAAGAAGCUGGAUCGACUGGAGAUUGUUGAAACCAUCGAGCUAUGGCAUGUAGUUGAGCAUUAAGCUGAGGUCAUGACCAGUACGAUAGGGUUCAUUUUUAAUGUUUGUGGCCUGCCCAGCUCUACAGUUCCUUCAUUUGUUCCAUACAGGUUGGAUAUAACAAAGAAGUCUGAUUAUAACAGCAAUAUUCAUCUGGUUGGUUCAAGUUGUGAGAAGUGCAACCAUUUUGCUUCGCAGCCAGAGCCGCAAUGUUAAGGUUAUGUACAUAUUUGCAUUUUGCUAGUUGUAUCCAGAGCUCUGUUCACCAGUGACCUCCCCGACGGGAAUAUUUCUUACCCAGUGGUUCUCCACCCUUGCGCAAAAAGUAGGACACACCUUGAGGGCACUCCUGAUGCGAUUGCACGUAGCCUUAGUUUACGUUGUUUUUUUAGGCCAGUUGUGUUAAGUCAUUUUUAAUGUAGAUGAUAGUAGUAAAAGAACAGUCAUCGUGUUUUCUCUAGAGGUAAGUGAAUCGAUUCUACACAAAUCUGGUUUCUUACAAAUUUCCCAAUAGAUUCUAAUUCAAAAUGGCUGCCAGCAUUUUACAGAUCAGAAGACAGAGAAGAAAGCAUCUACCACUAAAAAUGGAUCAUAUUUGGACUGUUUUUUAAACUGGUUGCUUGUUACCACCGGUUACUCUACGUUUACCCACACUCAUAUCUUGCUGUCACUCUGACAUAACUAAUACGGUCUUAGCGAUAAACAGCUUGAAAGGCAUUGGAGACAGUCCUAGGAGACUCCAGAAUGUGAUUCGGGGCAACUGGGACACUUUCAAUGUAGGUUGAAUUUAUUCGGACUGAAAUGAAUCUCACAUCUGAUUCUAGUAAAUUGGAUGUAGAGCGAAUUUUGGGAAAUCCGCUCAUCGCUAGUUGCCUCCUCUGUUGUAACUCAAGCUUCAUCAAACUGAAGUCAACAAGGGGAGCCGCACAUGAAUAAUGUAAUAAUAGCUAUAAAGAUGAUGUUAGAAGCCUAUGAGAUGCAUCAUUACAUUAAUUUUGACUUCUCAUGUUUAAUUUGCACAAAAUACACUUGCAGACACUAGAAUAAAGUAAACCUAGAGUGAUACAGGCGUGUAGAUAUACAGAAUAUAUUACCAAUGAGGUAAGUGCGGGCUACAGACUAUGAGGCUUUAGUCAUAUGUAAAACGUUAGUCUGAUAUGAUAAAAACUAUACAAAAUGUAAAAUCAAACCAUGCAUAGAACAGACAUAUUAGGUUACUAAUAGUAUCUAUCAUAUUUUAGAGCCUCAAUUUAUCUGUGUUUGUGUUUUGUCUUAUGAAAUUUUCAUAUUUUGGUUUCUUUUUUAUUAAUGUUCCUAUUACAAAUAUUUAAAACAUAACACUCAGGUUUUAGGUGACCACUUCAAGAGGUUGGCCCAUCUUAGAUAUUGAUGGCACAUCGCUAGGAUGAACCACCAAUGUCAGAUAGGUGGAAUCUGCACUUAUCUCUAGAACAUGGCCUCCAAAGUAGAGGAGAGUGCACCACGCAUGCGUGAUGUGCUCUUUAUCCACUUCGAUGGGAGUAAAAAAAAAAACUAAGCUAGAGCGCUUAACAGUUUCCAGAACUCCUAUAGAAGUGCACCACCUCUCUGUUCACCUCUAUGGGAGUUCCAGAAAUAGACAAGCGCUUGUCUCUUUUCAGAAUUACCUUAGAAGUGAAUGGACGGUGGCCACGCUUUCACGGUGCACUCUCCUUCACUUUGAGGGCCCAUAGUAGACAUAGGUGUGGGUCCCACUGAUAUUAGUGGCCUAUCCAAGAAAUAUGCCACCAAUGUGUGAGAUGGGCCAACUGCUUUAACUUUUUUGAAAAAGUUGAUGACCUUGCAGCAUCAUCAUGCUGUAUACACCAUGGAAGAAACACGUUGGACCCAUAUUUAAUUUUGCUUCCACAUUUUUGAAUCUGCAACAAAAAAUGUCCACACUCAGAAACGCAAAGUCAGCCCAACUAGCCAUUUUCUUUAAGACUCGCUGUCUGUGUAUUGUGUAUGGGUGGUACCGACUCUUGUCCAUUCCCUAAAAGAUGAUGUCUGAGAAAGGAGGAUCAGGCAUAUUAUACUUUUUAACAUGCCCAAUCGUUUGUUCACAAAAGACAUACGUUGUCUUUAGAGGUGUCUGGCAGAAAUUGGAUCCCUUCUUCCCAUUGAAGUCACAUGCCUAUGUAUGGGAGAGUGAUAGGAGAUAGAAAGGAUGGGGGAGGAUGCUAGAUAGGCUCCUUCAGGCACCAGGACAUGGAUGGGUCUGGAACUUCUACAACCCCUGUAUUUACAGUAUGUCCCUGUUAAAUAACAAUAUUUACUUAAUUGGACUGACAUAAUACAUUAGCUGGCCAUGUACAUUAGAUUAACACCAUCAGAACCCGCCAAUUUUGGGGGACUGGCCAGUCCUCAAACUUUUGUGAAGCUGUUGGGCAUAUUUAAUUUCAGCAUGCAAGAUCCCUUAGUUCUUAGAGGAAGAUUAGUAUGGCAGCGGCUAACGCCCCUAUCUCCAUUGGCCAGUUUAUCACUCCCACUUUAUGUCACUACAAGUAAUAUGCAUUCAGAUAUAAUUCCUUCUCUACAGGAAGAUGUACAAUAGGCUCAUUACUGCUUUUCACGUAAUCAAAACGUUGUCUUUAAAAUUCAAUGAAGUGUUUGAAGCUGUAGCAAUUCCACGAGACUAAAAAUGCAGCAAAGUAAAAUCUAGUGUCUGUGACGCAGCUCUGAAGUCAAAUUCUGGAUGACAGUACUUCAUUGUGCUGCAGUGAAUGAUAUUGGUGGUACUUGUAGAUUUUUUUUUACUAUUGUAGUACUUACAGUGUAUUUAGAUGGCUGCUUGGAAUUAUUUGUCUAAAGUGCAAUUUAUACUUUAAUAUGUCACUUUUUGUAAAUUAAUGAUAAAUGUAUUCAACCUAGCACUUUUUGGUCUGUUUUUGUAUGAAAUAUGUUUUAUUAAAAAAAAAAUA